AUGCCUGACCCUCACCAAGGUGGCUCCCUCUACGACAUGGCGGCGAAGGGCACUCGCAUCCCCAACGAUGCCGGCCUGAUGAACACAAUCCCCUCCGUCCCUCGUCCAGACCAAAGAUCCGAAGACGACGGGUUUGACAACUACGGCGUCGCCCACGCAUCCUCCGCCUUCGCCGCCGACAACGCCACCGACAUGCCCCGCAGCGGCAGGGACAUGGGCGCCACCGGUGAAGUCAUCACCGGCACCGGAAACACCUUCCCCGCGCAAGGCGAGUCCAAGAGAAACCAGACCGGCGCGAACUACCCUGGUGGUAAGGGCCAGUCGAGAGGUUGA